ACGCACGGUCUGGGGCUCGCAGUUGUCGCAGGCAGCAGGGAGUACUCGCACGUCGGCGGCCAUUGUUGGUGUUGUUGUUCUGCCCUGGUGCUGGUGGUGUGCGUUCAGGCCAAGUGUGGCGGAUGGAACGGCCGUGAGACUGGCGCGGAGGCUGAUGGAGGGGGCCGCGGCGGCGGCGGCCGCCGUCGACGAGUCGUCCGACCCCAUGGUCGACUGGGAGGAGGGCGAGAGUCGCUUCUCCUUCGAGGACUCGGACCGCUUCGAGGAGGACUCGCUGUGCAGCUGGUCCAGCGAGCCAGAGUCCGUCUGCAACAACUGGCGCGGCUGGAAGCGGCCCCCGGCCGCCACGGCCCAGGGCACCUUCCCCAGCGCCGCGCGCAGGUCGCUCCCUGGUCCAGCACGUUCUUUCUGUCCCGGGCUAGAUUCCGGGACGCAGCGGGGCGACGGGCUGACCAGUUUGACGGAGUUGGCGGCUCGCUGCGUCGCGUCGCACAUCCCUUUCGAGCUGGUGGAGCGCGUCUACCCGCCGGUGCCGGAGCAACUGCAACUCAGGAUCGCUUUCUGGAGUUUCCCUGACAACGAGGAGGACAUUCGCCUCUACUCGUGUCUGGCCAACGGCAGCGCCGACGAGUUCCAGCGCGGAGACUCGCUCUUCAAGGCAAAGCACGUCAAGGAUGCGCUGCAAAUCGGCUUCCACUUGAGCGCCACGGUGAGUCAGAACGGCAACACGAACAUCUCGAUGGUGACCGGAGCCAAGCCGGAUUACAACGUGGCGGUCACCUUUGACCGCCGCAGAAUCACUUCCUGCAACUGCACCUGCAACUCCACAGCCUACUGGUGCUCACACGUUGUAGCCGUUUGCUUGCACAGAAUAUUCCAGCCUCAACAAGUGUGCCUGAGGGCUCCGGUGAGCGAAUCGUUGUCUCGGCUGCACCGGGAGCAGCUGCAAAAGUUUGCCCAGUACCUGAUCAGCGAGCUGCCCCAGCAAAUACUGCCAACCGCGCAGCGUCUUUUGGAUAUGCUGCUGUCGCCGCACCCGUCGCCCAUCAACACGGUGCGCGGCGCCCCGGACCCGACCGCCGGAGCCUCGGCAAACGACCAGACCUCGUGGUACCUCGACGACAAGACUUUGCAUGACAACAUCAAGAAGAUCCUCAUCAAGUUCUGUGUGCCAGCGCCCAUUGUGUUCAGCGACGUAAACUACCUGAGUACGAAUGCACCGCCAGCAGCAGCAGAAUGGAGCAGCUUGCUUAGACCCUUGCGUGGAAGAGAGCCGGAGGGCAUGUGGAAUCUGCUCUCCAUCGUUCGGGAAAUGUUCAAGAGGAACGAUCGCAAUGCCGUGCCACUUCUCGAAAUCGUCACCGAGGAAUGCAUGAUGUGUGAACAGAUUAUGGUUUGGUGGUUCAAUACCAAGGUAGCCCUUCACAACGGAAGCUCGAGUCACGGAGGAAAACACAGCGUGAACAGCAACAGCCACGCCGCGCAACACGCCUGCUCCUCUCUCUGUGACGAAAUUGUGGUUCUUUGGAGGCUGGCUGCCCUCAAUCCAGGACUGUCGCCUGAGGAAAGGGAAUUGCUGCUGAAUCAGUUUAAACAGUGGCACAUCAAAAUCGUUGAUAAGGUUGCCAAGAGUCGGAACUCGACCCCAAUGCGAAUGCAGACGAACGGAGCGAAGAACAAUUUGAAAAACGAGAUGGAGAUCUUCAGCGGGUUCAAACCGGCGAUCGAGGCGUGCUACCUGCACUGGGAGGACUACCCGAUAGCCGGGGUGACCUACUCGCAGGGCAGCCGGCUCUACCACUGUCCCUUCACGUGCUUCCGGCACGCGGACAUCCACCAGGUGAACUCGUCGAGCAGCGUGCUCAACUGCACGUCGCACCACAACCCGCACCACCACGCGGUGUCUGUGAAGAAGCGCAAGCAGGGCGCCUUGGAGAGCACGGACCGAAGGUUUACCAGCAACGCUGACGCUUUGAAUUUGAACAGACGCGUCUUCCCCCUGGGACACGUAGUCGGCAUCCCGUCCCAAGAGGGCAACCGCAGCAGCGUCAGCAGCGAGGGUUUCUGUGAGAACGACAUGCUCAAUCCCAACGAGUCCGACGAGGGCAGUGAAUCCAGCAGCAGCCACCGACAGGUUCGCGUGCCCAAGGGAUCUGACUGGAGCGACAGCGACUCCUCGGCCCAGACUGAACUCAUGAGAAAGGCCAUAGCGGCGGCGGCCGCCGCUGCUGCUGCCAUUGAACCAGCCAGACCGCCAGCUACGGAAGCUGCUGCACAAGCUUCUUCGACCAACGAGAACGAGUCGUCGAAGCCAAAAGAGCCGGUGGCCUCGACCUCAACAGCCGAAGAAGUUGUUCCUGCGCCCUCCACGUCUGCAGAGCCGCAACCAUCGACCAGCAAAGAAGAAUCUCAAGCAGUCCCUGCGGAAGUGGCGGAGCAACCGCCCGCGCAGGACAAGUGGGAGUCGAGCAACAGCGAACAGUCAGGCGACGAGUACCAUGUUUAUUACUACGACCCCAAGGCGUUAGUUGCGAGCUCUGCACCCGCUCAGGAAGACCCUGACGCCGCACACAAGAACAUUUUCGCUAACUGCAAACCCAUGGAGGACAGGUGUGAAAUUCUGUUUGCCCGAGCUGAGGCGCUCCAUGCACACGGACACUCGAAAGAGGCAUGUCACUUGGGUGUAAAUUUGGCGCACGAGUUGCUGGUGAACCCACCGAACCUGAUGAUUGAGCUGCCACCAGCGCCGUGCAAGGGGAAAAAGAAGAAAAUCAACCCUGUGUCGCAUCAACUGAGCUGCCUGGCGUCUGCCACUCUGGCCAAAUGUGCCUUCCUCUGCAACGUGCUCUCUGAGAGCCUUGAGCACCACAAUCUGGCAUUCAAGGUCGGCAUGUUUGCCCUCGAAAUGGCGAGACCGCCAGCAAGCACCAAGCCUCUAGAGGUGAAGUUGGCGAACCAAGAAGCGGACAUCGUGCAGCUAUUGAAGAAGAUUCCUCUGAGUGUUCAUGAGCUGAACAUCAUACGAGAAAGAGCCGAGGAACUGCGCACCGGAACCCUGAGGACGCGAGGAGCCGCCCUGUUGCCCAUUAUGCUUGCCAGCUUCAUUUUCGACUCACUGGUUCUCAUGAGCCGCGACACACGAUGGGUCAUGAAGUACCCGAUGUGCAAAAUGUCUGUCGACAGCGAGGACGACGUCUUCGGACGCUCCCCGGCCAGCGACGAGACCCUGGGAUUCGAGGCUGCCGUCGCGGCUCUUGGUCUCAAGGCAAACGUGUCUGAGGCCGAGCAUCCGCUCUUGUGUGAAGGCACGAGGCGCCAGAGAGGCGAACUCGCUCUCAUUCUGCUCGUGCACUACAAGGAUUGCUCUGACAAAUUGGCCAGGAUCAUGGACAAACUGCUCGACCGUGAGGUGCAUCAACUGAUGAAGGCGCCUCUGUUGCCGGCAUACUACUCGAGCAAUCCGCCGACCACGUCGCAAACGCAAAUGCGGAACCAAAGCAACGCGAGAGGACAAGCGGCGCCUGGCCAGCAGUGCAGAAUGCCCUGGGCGCGACCUUUUGGAAACGUCCGCGACGAAGCGAGCUGCGAGCAGCCUGCCGCGCAGCAGGGACCACCUUACUUGCAGCCGGCCCAAGACAUGGGUGAUCCUCAGAACGGAGGAAUGAACGCUGGGAGCAGACCGCACAGCUCAACGAGUGCCGAGCUGGAGCAGAGCAUGGGAUCGCUCUCCAUGAGUCCAGCGCAGAACACUGUUCACAACCAACCCAGGGCCAAGGAAACCAGAUUUAAGGGGAAGCGUGCAUAUCCGGUCAUCCCGAACCAGCCCUCUGAGGCGGGAGCGCAUUUCAUGUUCGAGCUGGCCAAGACUGUGUUGACCAAAGCUGGAGGCAACAGCUCCACGUCGCUGUUCACGCAGGCCUCCGCGUCUCAAAACCACCAUGGACCCCACCGGGCCCUGCACAUGUGCGCCUUUCAACUUGGUCUCUUCGCUCUAGGCCUCCACAACUGUGUCAGUCCAAAUUGGCUCAGCCGAACUUAUUCGUCGCAUGUGUCGUGGAUAACAGGCCAAGCGAUGGAGAUCGGCGCGCCUGCGAUCUCGUUCCUGAUAGACUCGUGGGAGGGCCACCUGACGCCCCCUGAGGCGGCCAGCAUUGCCGACCGAGCCUCAAGGGGCAGUGACCCGCACAUGGUUCGCGCGGCUGCGGAGCUGGCCCUGAGCUGCCUGCCGCACGCCGCCGCACUCAACCCCAACGAAAUACAGAGGGCCAUUCUGCAGUGCAAGGAGCAGUCGGACCACAUGCUCGAGCACUCGUGCCUCACCGUCGAGAACGCGGCCAAAGGGGGCGGCGUUUACCCCGAAGUCUUGUUCCAGGUGGCUCGGUACUGGUACGAGCUCAACAUGCGCCACACGCCCGGAGCUGAACUCAUCAUCGAGCCGGACAUUCCCAAAGACGCUCUACUCCUUGAACAGGUUGGAGGGUUGCAGGAGCAAGCGCCGCUAGAGUUGAUGGCGACGAGCCAGCCGACAGCCGUGGUGGCGCCGGCAGCAGCGGCGGCCGCCGCGCAGGCGCCGUACCAGUCGCUGGGGGCACUGCCGGUGCCGUACCACACGCUGUCGUACUCGUACCUGCCGCGGUUCCCCGCCCUGCCGCUGCAGAUGUACCUGACGCCGCCGCCGGCGCCAGGCACCUUCCAGUUCCCAGCGGCGCCGCUGCACUCGGGGCUGCAGUACUUCCCGGCGGUGACCCUGGCGACGCCGACGCGGCCGCUCUUCCUGCCACCGCAGUCAGGCCUGGUGGCGCCGCCGCAGCAGCAGCAGCAGCGCCCGCCGCCGCCCAACCUGGUCCAGGCGGCAGUUCAGGUGCAGAACUCGAACCAGCGGCCGGCGCAGCAGCUGCGCUGCCAGCAAGUGCCCGUGUCGCAGCCGCCGCCCGUCGGCCCUCCGCAGGUGCAGCAGCAGCCGCCGCAGCAGCAGCAAUGCCCCCUGAACCAGGCGCAGUACCGCUACCUCAUGGCGGCCUACAGGGUCGGCAUGCUCGCCAUGGAGACCCUGGCGCGCAGGGUGCACGACGACCGGCCCCAGGCCAAGUAUGCCAGGAACCCACCCUACGGAGAGGAUGUCAAGUGGCUGCUCAGGGUUGCCAAGCGGCUCGGUUCGCAAUAUUUGCAUCAAUUCUGUGUAUGUGCCGUCAACAGUGUAGUGAGUCCCUUCAUCCUUCACGACAUUGCCGUCGAAUCGGCGAUGUUUCUGUCCAGGAACAAUCCCACCCUGCUGCUGCAGCACAUGCGGAAUGCGCUGACGCCGCUCGUUCAAAAGUGCCAGCAGAUGUACAUACAAUGUCUUCACCAAAAGUUGUAUCACUUGACCUCAACAGAUUACGAGGAGUUUGUUGGUAUUGUUGUGUCAGCUCGAUUGGCCUUCCAGAUCACGCCUGAUGGCAACGCCCAAUUCAAGGAGUGGCUGCAGUCCAUCAGAAGAUCUAAGUCGUGCAAGAAAGAUUUAUGGGCGCAGAUCAACCAGGCGCUGCAAAACAGCAACAAAUGACACCGGCCUGAGGUAGGCAGCAGCAGCAGCCUCCACUGCAGCCGCCCCUCCGCCCCCGGUGCCGCCGCAGGCUCCUCGCUCAACUGGGCGGAAAUGGAGGAGCAGCCGCCUCCGAGCUGACCAGCAGGCCCCCCUCCUCCCCCAAGAUCUCACUCAAACUAGACUCUUGCUAACUCUUUUUUAGUGAAAGCGACGCUCGUCACGUUAGCCAAUUGCGCUACUUGGAAUUUCUGGUCCUUCUCGUCUCUCCUUUCCUUCUGUCUCGUUUUGUUUUUUUUUCGUUUCCACUUUUGCCGGCGCCGCCACCGCCGCCGCGGGUCUGCCCCCUUUUUCACACCCAUUGAGCUUGUCACGCGCGAAAAGAAAUUUUACCGACACCCGACCCGUCUCGGCCAGACCCGCGCGCGCGCGGCUUCUUUGUGAAAAUCUUCCGCAUUGUAAAGAUACAUAUACUGGAAGUGAGUUGAGAGACUGAUUGUUGACAUGUUUUAGCCUUUGAUUUUUGGAACGCAGAAUUUGUUCUCUUGGCACAAACAAACUGAUGAUAUUAAUCGCGAGCGGGCAGUCUACGUCUCGGCAUUAAAUUAAAUUGAAUUCAAAAUAAAUUAAAACCGAAUCAGAUGAGCACUUGGAUUGCCCCGCGCGAGUAGGAGAAAUUUUUGAAACGGCGUAGACACAUGAACACUCAUGGGACUAAUUCAAUUCCGACCUUAACUCUCUCGGAUAAGAAUCAAUUUACGUUAUUCGAUCGGUUGCUUCAAACCAAAUCUCGUCUGGCUGCAAGACUAUUUUAAGCAGAUAUUUGAAACUAUUUUUACAUGGAAUAUGAGCUGGAGAAUGAUGAAAUCUCUUUCAAAAGUGCGACUCUCGAUAUUAAUGCUGCUACAUGGAGUAAAAUAACACGGAGAGCACUUCCAUUAAUCCGCAAUCCAAUUAGAUCAAAUUUUACAACUAUCACGAACAUUUCCGUAAGCAUCACUCUAUUCGUUUCACUGAGAAAAUUCAAAAAAUAUUUAAAAAAAAAACACUUCAAGGAAUUUUGACAGGUUGAAAUUGGAUUUUUUAAUCACGGUGAAUAACGGAAAUUGACAUUUUUUAUGAAAAAUGCUAAAUUAUUUUCGGAUUAAAGGUGCUCUCCCUCUGCAAACACACACACAGGAAUUCUCUUCGCGGCGGCCUCGAGACGCCAUCUAGUCUGAGGGUUGAAAUUCCGUUUGCCACACAGCAUAUCAUUUUUAACGCAUUUUAAAUAAUAAAACAAAAACGAGUGGAGCAGCUCCUCCGGUCCAGCUUGAAUAUAUUUCCAAGGGAAAGGUGCCUUUCAUAGAAAAUCCAGUAUAUCAGUUCAAAUCGAGGAAAAGAAAACUUACAAGGGGCUGCUUCGUGCACAAAAUUCGACUGUGAGGCUGCGAAAAAAAAUAUUUAAUCUGUCUCGAGGCGCGCAGUUUGGAAAUCUUAAUCCCCCGAAUUAGAAUAGCGUCUACUUAUUGGAAAUGCAUUGAAUAUACACAUUCACACACACAAACACACACACACAACUUAUUUACUACGUAGAAGCAGAAUUAAAUUUGCAUAUUUCACGUGUCUUUUUUAACAGUGGCAUAUAUGAAAAGUUGAGGAGAACAAAAUGUGUGGCGUAUAAAUAUAUUUCUAUAACACUAAAUUAUAUUUCAGAUAUAACAACAUUUAGGUGGCUAGACUCGUAAGAUUUUCAACAUUAUGUAUGUUUAAGCGAAAGAAUUAGCGGCAAAAUAUUGCAUACUAUUAUACACUCGUAGUGUCCUAGCAUAUUAGUAGCAGUUUUAACUCUAAAACGCAGGAGAUUUUAAUUAGCACAGACAGACAUUCUCUUUUUGCAAGGCAGAAAGAUAUGGAAAAUUCGACACACGUCAACUAGUCCCUCUCACCCCCCACGUUUUUGGCUUUGCUCACCCCGAAAGCAAGAGAUACAGAAACAGGCACUCAGGUUGGCACCCCGAAUCCCUGAAAGCAGUACUGGAAUUUCAUUUUUGACAGUACCAAUCGGUUCCUGAGGGUCGAAUCAGGUCAAAAAGUCAAAAUCAGGAAAAGCCGUUGUUUUGGUGGGCUUUUCGUUUAAAAAACUACAGCGACCAAACAACAGAGAAGGGGGCGGUUCUCUCUGAUUGGCUGGCUGCUAGUUGAUCUAUGGCGCUGCUGUCUCUGAUUGGUCACUGGAGUUUUAAACGAAAAGCCCGCCAAAAUAACGGUUUUUGCAUUUCCGGCCGUUCUAACCUAAUUCGACCCUCAGGAAUCGAUUGGCACCGUCCAAAAUAAAAUUCAAGUACUGCUUAUGUGAUUUCUGUUAAAUGUUAAUUUGCGAAAAUUGUGUGCCAAACAUUUUGCCUGCGCUCACUGCAAGAAAAGCAAGUGCUCAACCCUUCUCAGAAUUUGUCUAUGCGUACGUACACGGAGAGUUGCAUAAUGAAUCAUUGUAUGUAAAUGUUUGUUAGGUGGAGUGUCCAAAUGUUUAGGUUUUCGGCCAUUCCAUAUCUUUUUGUGCAGUCGUUAGAUGCCAAACUCGAUUGAUAACAUGCAGCGAGACACGGGGGUGGGUCACUCUCUUCUUUCCGGCCAUGACCCCGCCCUCAGUAUUAUUCAGGGCUAUUUUUCAAUUCAGUAUAUGCAUAAUUAUCAAUAAUUCUUAGUUCUGCUAGUGCGCCUAGAUCGUAAGGGAUUUUUUUUUGUUUGUUUGUUUCAAAUAACAACUAAAUCGAAUUCGAGUCGCUUAUUCGUUCUGUUUUUCUCAUUGUUUGAAAGUUAAUUCAUUCGUUUUUGACAACUUCAACACAAUGUGCUCAAACUUGGUUUACAUACGUGUAUUUGUAUUUUAAGACGAGAGCAGACUACUUAUUAUAUUAUAUUAUUAAUUCAAUCAUCCGAUUAAACGAGAAACACGUGUCUAGCAUUAAUUCUCAUAUAUAAGUAGUAGGGGUGCGCGUUUUACAUUCAAUUGUUGUUGUUUUAAUUUAAUCAAUCGAGAAUCUGAAGAGGUUGAAAUUUAACUUGCUUUUCACACAAGGUUGAAACAUGUAUAAUUUUUAUUUUGAAUACUGCAGAGGGGCUGCAGCCAGCCUCCAGCGUUCGACACACACACGCGCGCGCGUAUUUUAAAUUCUCUCUCAUAUCAGUUUGUAUCAUCUCUCUGCUAAAUGAACUGAUUGAUUGAUCAUCAAAUAAAGAUAUUUCAAAAUAUUUA